UCUCAACCUCCGGCUCCCGCGCCAGCUGAGCGACGAGUUGUCAACCCUAACUGGGGCGGUGCGACGCCUUCGGCAUCGGCGCCUCCCAACGGCCCAAAUGCUGGCAACCCGCCUCCGAACGGCAUGACUCCGUUCCGGCCCGCCAGCAGCCCGCGCACCGAUGGCCGUCCUCCGAUCCAUGACAACCGCAUGCCAUCUCCCAAGUCGGCCUACCCGCAGCACCCGGCUCCUCCUCCACCUCACUAUCCUCACCACCCGGAGAUGCCCCCUCAGAGCGCUCCUGAGAACAACGCACAGCCACCUCCCCCUCCUCCUCCCGCCUCGAUCCCCGAGCCACCUAGUCAGCGCAUGGAGGAUCGGCCCUCGUCUGUAGGCCCCAAGCGACAUCGUGAAUGGGAAGAGGAACCCGUGUCUAAGAAGCCUGCCAACGAGGAGACGCGUGCACGACUUGGUGAUUUACAACACCGCAGACCAUCCACCCCUCCCCCUGCCCGUGACCCGUAUCGCCGCAAUUCAUCCGAGGCUCGCCGAACGGAAGAGCAGCGUCGCCCCGAAGAGCCCCGGAGGCCUGAUGAGCCACGCCACAAGGCAGAGAGCUAUCAUCCCUCCGAGGCUGCUCACCACACACAGAACCAUAGUGUGAGCUCCAAUCACCUGCCGCCGAUGCAGCAGGGAGCGGGCCCCAUGACUGGCGUCGUUCACGAGAAGCCCAACCCUCCUGUUGUUCCAAAGGAGGAGCCUCGCGCUGAGCAGGCCUCCACAGCUCGCCCAGCACCCCCACCUGCCUCUGAACCUGAGCGUGCCGCUAGGAAAAUGGACGUGGAUGAGGACUAUGACGACAGUGGGGAGGACGAGAAAAAGGCAGUGCUCACCAAUGGCUCUGGGCCUUCCGCAGCUUCAAGCGACCUGAAAGCUCCCAACUCCUCUGUCAACGUCAAUGUGGCAUCUGGCCCUGCGCCCAAGUCUGAGUAG